AUGAAUAACAGGUACAAGGUUAAACUAAAUACAUGUGUGCAUAAAGAAGCAUCACUGUCAAACUCAAAUGCCUAUCACAUUGACAUUGUGGAUAACAUGUUUUCCAUCAUACACAAGUACAAGAAUUCUCUUUCCUUGGCCUAUUUCUUUGAUAUCAAUUUCGAGGGUGAAAUUCCAGCUGGGAUUUGGUCCUUGAAUCGGAUUAGAUCACUGGAUUUGUCUAAUAAUUUGUUAGAAGUUGAAAUUCCAUAGGCCAUUGGAGGACUGAAUAACUUGCGAGCAGUUAAUUUGGGGAAGAAUCGGUUUACUGGGCAAGUUCCAGAUGGAAUUGGAAGUUGCUUGCUUUUGAGGUCCAUUGAUCUCAGCGAGAAUUCAUUCUCUGGGAACCUUCCUCAGACAAUGCAGAAACUUAGCCUGUGUAGCUAUCUAAAUCUGCACCAAAACUCAUUUGCCGGAGAGAUUCCUGAGUGGAUUGGAGAGUUGAAGAGCCUGGAGACUUUGGACCUUUCUGGCAAUCGAUUUUUGGGCGAAGUUCCAAGUUCAAUAGGUAAUCUUCAGGCUUUAAAGGUGUUGAAUUUUUCUGCAAAUGGGUUCACUGGGAACUUACCCAAGUCCAUGGCUUAUUGCACAAGCCUUGUGGCUUUAGAUUUUAGUAAGAAUUCGGUGGCGGGUGAACUUCCUGCGUGGAUAUUCAAGGCGGGUUUAGAGGAAGUUUCACUUUCAGAGAAAAAACUAAGUGGAAGCGCAAAUAGCCCUGUAUCUUCCUCAAUUGGAAAUGCGCCUCAAAAUCUGCAAGUCGUGGAUUUAUUUAAUCAAUUUUCUGGUGAAAUUGCAUCUGACAUUGGGGUCUUAAGCAGUUUACUUAGUUUGAACCUCUCCGGUAACUCUCUUGUUGGUCCUAUUCCUGUGACUAUUGGAGAGUUGAAGGCCCUGGACAAUGUGGAUUUGAGUGAGAAUCGGCUCAGUGGAAGCAUCCCUCUGGAAAUUGGUGGGGCUUUUUCAUUGAAGGAAUUGAGAUUGGAAAAUAACCUUCUCACGGGAAAAAUUCCAACUUCAAUAGGGAACUGUUCUUCUCUGACCACUUUAAUUACAUCACAGAACAGACUGACUGGCCCAGUACCUGCAGGAAUGGCCAAACUUACCAACUUACAAAAUGUGGACUUGUCUUUCAAUAACCUCACGGGAGGCCUACCCAAGCAGUUAGCCAAUCUUCCCAACCUUCUUUCCUUCAAUAUUUCCCACAACAACCUCCAGGGUGAACUACCUGCGGGCGCCUUUUUCAAUACCAUCUCCCCUUCCUCUGUCUCUGGCAAUCCAUCUCUUUGUGGCUCUGCAGUUAAUAAGUCUUGCCCAACAGUUCUUCCGAAACCCAUUGUCCUCAAUCCCAACUCCUCUUCUGACUCCACCACACCAGGAACAUUAUCUUCAAAUCUUGGUCAUAGAAGAAUCAUCCUUAGUAUUUCUGCACUCGUUGCCAUUGCUGCAGCUGCUGUCAUUGUCAUUGGUGUGAUUGCCAUCACUGUACUUAAUCUCCAUGUUCGAUCUUCUACAACUCAUUCACCAGCAGCCCUCGCGUUAUCAGCUGGGGAUGAUUUCAGCCAUUCCCCAACAACAGAUGGCAACUCCGGCAAGCUUGUCAUGUUUUCAGGUGAGCCUGACUUCAGCACUGGUGCACAUGCUCUACUCAACAAGGACUGUGAGCUUGGUCGUGGAGGGUUUGGAGCAGUCUAUAGGACAGUUCUUCGAGAUGGGCGGCCUGUUGCAAUCAAGAAGCUCACUGUUUCAAGUCUUGUCAAGUCUCAAGAAGAAUUUUAAAGGGAAGUUAAGAAAUUGGGGAAAGUGAGGCACGAUAAUCUUAUGGAAAACGAAGGCUAUUACUGGACUCCAUCAUUACAGCUCAUCAUAUAUGAAUAUGUCUAUGGCGGUAGUUUAUAUAAGCAUUUUCAUGAUGGAGCAGGUGGAAACUUCAUGUCAUGGAACGACAGGUUCAAUAUAAUUCUUGGAACUCCAAAAAGUUUGGCUCAUUUGCAUCAAAUGGAAAUUAUUCACUACAACAUAAAAUCUAGCAAUGUCCUGAUCGGCAGCUCAGGCGAACCCAAAGUGGUAGACUUUGGCCUAGCAAGGUUGUUGCCAAUGCUUGACCAAUAUGUUUUUAGCAGCAAGAUCCAGAGUGCCCUUGGCUACAUGGCGGCUAUACGAUUUAAAAUUUCCAAAAUAUUCACAGGGUGUAGCCGCGCGGCUAUACUAUUUAAAUAUUUGAAAAUUUGCAAAGGGUAG